AUGCCGAUUUCCUCCCUGCGGUGUUCUCGGCCUGAAGCCAACCGGCUGCUGCUGUUGCUGCCGCUGCUGCUGCUGCUGCUGCUGCUGCUACUGGGUGUCGGUGUGCAGCGCGGGCUUGGGUUUGUUCUGAUUCCUGCGGAUUCUAAAGAAGCUUCUUUUUCUCUUUUGUUUGUUGCAGCUAGAAGCCAGCAGCAACGCAGCAGCAAACCAGCAGCAUUAAGACCCCCUCCUUACUCCUUUGCUGCUACUCGCGCUGCAGUGCAGCAGAGCCAAACCACACCGACCCCGAAGCUGCUGCUGCAGCAGCCGCUCCUCAGCGUACAGCAGCGCCUGCAGCAGCAGCAGCAGCAGCAGCGGUUCCAAUCAACCCGCGCAGCAGCUGCCUAUGACGAUGACGUGGAAGCAGCACAAGACAUCUUAGAGCUGCAGCAGGAAGGUGAAGAAGAAGCAGCAGCAGCAGCAAAUGCUGGAGACAUCAGCAACAGCAGCACAGAUGGAUUCUUUGCUGCUGAUGCCGCAGAUGAGGAGGAAGCAGCAGCGGGAGGCUCGCUGCUCUCCCAAGCAGCAGCAGCAGCAGACGGAGGCGAUGAAGCAGCAGCAGCAGCAGAUGGCGCUGACGAAGCAUCAGCAGCAGAAGCAGGAGAAUUUGCUGCAUAUUUAGCCGACGAGUCCGACCCCACAGCAGCAGGCGCAGCAGCAGCAACAGCAGCAGCAGCAGCAGGGGCAGCAGCAGGAGAACAAGACUGGCUGUCUCCUCCUUUAACUGCAGCACAGACAGCUGAGAGAGCAGCUUUGCGGCGGCUGCAGCAGGAGCGGGAGGCCCCUUCUUUGAGGCGUUGGCGCGUCUUGGCGGAAGCAGCAGCAGCAGCAGCAACAGCAGCAGAAAGACAAGAUAUAGAAGACAGACACAAAAGAGAGGGUCUCCCUCCCCCCCACGCGCGCACUGUAGAUCAGCUGCCAGUCAAAGCCAUCAACAUCGGGGGAGAGACAAUUCUAUACAGACAGGCGUUGGACUCAUCUCCGAUGUUCAUAGACGUGGAGACAUUCGAGCGAAUUAAACAACAGUGGGCAGACAACCCUGAAGAACUCAAAAGGCUUCAGCGAGAAGAUAAAGCGAAGUACGGCAUAUCGGAGUCGGUGCCUGAUGAAGAAUGGAUUCCAAUUAAACGCGACCUCCCUCAAGGCCGCCUCGUUGUCUCCCACGGCCUUAUACCGGUGAACGUGACGACUGCGGAAGAGGGAUAUGAUUACGUAGAGACUUACCACGACCCCAAGAGGAACUACACUUGGUCUUAUAAGCGCCACAACCCAUACAAACAACCUGGGGAGCCGGGUACGGAAGGCGAAGAGGGGGAACCUCUUUCUUAUCGUCUUCAGACAGAAGAAGACCGCCGAUAUUAUUUAGAAGAGACAAACCCCCCUCAAAGAGAAAAAGAUGAUGGGGUUGCUAGACAGGCAACUCUCGCAGAAGAAAUGAUCUCCGGCAUGCGACGAAGCCCAGCAGGUGAAGAGCAGGAUCGCUUCAUUCCGGAGGCUCCCUUUGGGGUUUUAGCUCAGCAGCAAAAUGCUGCAAGGAGUUUCAGUGCAAGAGAUAUACCCUGGCUGCAGCAGCUGAUUGCUCUAAGGCAGCAAACGAAGCAGCAGCAGCAGCAGCAGCAGCAACAGCAACAGCAGCAACAACAACAGGAGGAGGAGGAGCAGCAACAUGGGGUACAACAGGAGCAGCAGCAACAGCAGCAGCAACAGGCGCAGCAACAACAUCAACAGCAGCAGCAGCAGCAGCAGCAGGUCCAACUAUCUUCUGCUUCUUCUUUUUUUAAUCCUCCUCUAAUAGGAGAGCCUGGAGAGCUGCUGCCGCCUCCACCUCUAUUCGCUCGCCCUGGGGGCCCUCGUAUGAGCAGCGCGGAGGCUCUGCAUCGUCAAUACUUGCACAUUUCUCUUCCUUAUUCUACUGGCUGUUCUUCGCCUAAGGUAUAUCUACCAAAGGGACAGAUUCCCCCUAUUCCGCAGCAACCCGAACCUCCUGCUGCUGCAGCUCCUGCUGCUGCAGCUCCUGCUGCUGCAGCCCCAGCUGCUGCUGCUUCUGCUGCUGGCGAGGCUGCUGCUGCGGAUGGUGGUCCUGCUGCAGCAGCUGCUGCUGGUGCUCCUGUUACUGGUGGGGGUUCAGUUGCUGCUGAUGCGGGAUUUCCGGCUGGUGGAGCUGCUGCUGCGGCUCCUGUUGCUGCUGCUGCUUCUGCUGCUGCUCCUUGGUGUGUAUCUUAUCGUCAACUAGGUCGUAGCGAUUUGUUUGCUUCGGAGGUUGGACUGGGUACAAUGUUCAUGGGGGGCCCCCAGGGGCCCCCCGCUGGUGAAGGAAAUUAUAACAAUGCGGGAGAGCUUCUAUCUUAUGCUGUAGACGUGUGGGGUAUAAACUUCAUUGAUACAGCUGAGGUGUAUCCUCUCCCUAUCUCCAGAGACACCUGGGGAAGAGCAGAAGAAAUCGUAGGGCAGUGGAUAGCUUCCAGAGGUAGCAGCAAACGACAGCAAAUAAUUCUUGCUGCUACUGUGGGAGGAGACACAGACAAAAUCCCUUCACUUCAAACCCAUGCUGCGUAUGGCUAG